AUGGCUAAUAUUUAUGGUCCUGUUUUUCACAUCCUAGCUAGAUGCAGAUAUGAUGGUAAUGGAUGUGGUGCUCAAGAACAAGGGAUAAAGGUUCCUUUGGAAAAUAAAUUCCAUGAUAUGGUAUUUGGGCUUGUCUAUGAUACUUUUAAGCGUACUAAAGCCUCAAAGAGACAAUCUAUUAGUGUUAAUGUCAUUUAUGCUUCUCUCCCAAUAAAUUAUCCAGAGUAUAUUGAUCGUGACUGUUCUAGUAUCCUCACUUUGGAUAUUUUUCCUACUGAUGAUUCUGUAGUUGGAUUAUUAGGAGCUUAUGACAACCUUCCUCGUUAUCACCAUAAUUGUGUUGAACUUGGUAGGCUUGCUCGACUUCAAGUUCUUCCUCUGAGAUUCAACAGCCUUACCGGGCCAAUUCCCACUGCCCUUUCAAACUGCAGUAAUCUCCAAAUUUUACAGUUGUCUAGGAACAAAUUAGUUGGUCACAUCCCGUGGGAGUUCAGCAAACUAUCAAAUCUGCAAAAUCUGUAUUUAUGGGAAAACAGACUGAAUGGGGAGAUACCGAGUUCAAUUUCCAAUUGUACCCAUCUGCAAAUUAUACUUGACUUAGACAGUAACCAGUUUAGUGGCACAGUGCCCUUGGAAUUUGGGAAAUUACUCCAACUUCAGAAGCUUGUUUUGUGGGGAAAUCAUCUGGUGAGUGGAAGCAGCAGUUUGCCUAUUCUAGAGGCCUUGACUAAUUGCUCCAGUUUAGAAUAUAUAGACUUGUCUCUUAAUAAUCUUACUGGAAUCAUGCCCUCCACAGUUGGCCUUCUCUCAACUAGUCUCUACUAUUUGGGACUGGCCUUGAAUGAACUAGAAGGAUACUUGGCGGAUGAGAUUGGCAACCUCACAAAGCUGGCAGAGCUACAAUUAAGAGGAAACUAUUUCAAUAGGACAAUCCCAUCAACUCUGUCUAUACUUCCAAAUCUUGAAAGGUCGUACCUAAACAAUAACAAUUUACAAGGAUUAAUACCAAGAACUUUGGGUCAGGCAAAAAGGCUUGGAUUGUUAGCACUGAGUGAUAACAUGCUAUCAAGGCAAAUCCUAGAUAGUCUUGGUGAUAUUCCCCAAUUGAGAGUACUUCUUCUUCAUCACAAUCAAUUAUGA